AUGGCAUCGUCGUCCGAUUCUUCCGUCGACCUUGCCACUGUUGACGCACUCGAGUUGCUGCCUGACAACUCUGCUGCUAAUUGGCACUCUUACGCUCAUUCCGUUGAGGUGCUCCUCUCCUCUGUUGUGGUCAGCGGCUACAACCUUCGCUCGGUUGUUUUUCAGGAAGGCGGUGGACUUCAGCCCGUGGCCCCCACCGCUCCUACUGGACCUGCCCCCGCCCACCCUGGCGCCGAGCCCUCUCCCCCCGGUGAUCCUCCCACCUUCGCGCCGAAUGUCAACGACCCGCAGAGCUCGGAAACCGCCAUUCGCACCUACCGCACCAAUCUCCAAGAGCACCUGCGCCUGCAAUUGCGUUAUGAGGACGACAGGCGCAUCUAUGACGAGGCCGCUGCCCGCUACAACAAGUACCAGGAGGACCUGGACACCUACACUGCAGAACUUGCAGACUACACCACGAAAAUUACUGCCUGGCGGGUUGCUGAUUGGCGUGCGCUUGCCAUUCUUCUCGCCACCAUCCCCUCCUCCCUCAAACGCGAGCUCUCACCUACCUCCUCCUCCCACCUGUGGCGACUGCUGGUCGACCUUUUCGAUCGGCAGGACGUUGCCACUCUUUACGCCCUUAUCAAGGAGUUUGGAACUCUCUCCAUGGAUUCCACUUCUGGCGCAGCUGCUUUCACUCGCCGUGUCUUAGACCUUGCUCGGCGCCUUGCAACACUCGAUGUGGUGUACCCGGACACCGUCAUCUGCUGCCACCUCCUCGAGGGCCUCACACCUGCCUUCGACGCUCACAAGCUUGCUUACAUGCAGCUUAUCUCCAAGCACCACACCCCUGCCGAAGUCGCUCAGUGGAUUAUCACCACCGAAGCUGAGAUCCUUCGCCACUCUUCCUCCACAGCCGCAGCAGCCCAGUCGCGCAGCACCCGGGGUGGACGGACAGCGCUGCGGCCAAACCACCCAUGCCACUGA